AUGUCGAAUUGGACAGGACGAGCAAACAUUUGGGCCUUUGGGCUCAAGCUUCACGACCUAAAUGUGUUUGAGUCGUUAGAGACCUUGAAGUCUCGGCUAAAAGAAAUCUUUGAGCCACCAAAAGCCGAGUUCAGAGCACGCCCUGCACUCCUGAGGCUAAAGCAAGGUAAGCGUGACGUGCACGCUUACGCACAGCAAAAGCGCUACCUUGCGAGUAGCAUUACGAAAAAACCUGUUGAUGAGCACACGCUCAUCAACGUGUUCAUUUACAGCCAUGUGGAGGGGCCGGUGAAGACCCUCAUGUUCCGAGAGGACUUCCAUAUGCUGGAAAAGGCGAUAGCGUAUGCGGAGCAAGAAGAAUUCAGUCUGCGAUAG